AUGAGCAGCACAGAGACGAUUGUAGAACCUACCACGGUUCGCGAAACGCUCCGCGCGUACGAUAUCCACCACACUGGAAGCGAUGAGACAUUAGAACCCCCUACAGAGCAGACGCAGAAUCAGCCGCAGGAAGGACCUGUCUCGCAACCCGGUUCAAAUUGGCCAUCGGACUGGCGACGAAUACCUCCGUAUCGGCCUUCGAGCCGCUCGCAUCGAGUCUCUGAUCGACCUGCUGGCCUCGACCGUGUCGAAGGUACAAUGGUUAUAGUCAUGUUUACGGGUGUUUGGACUUACGGAAAUCUGAACCGAUUAUGGCGCGCGACCGUAGGAAAAUGGAAUAACAGUAUCAUGAGAUACAAAAUAGGGGGAGAAUGGUAG